GAGGGCGGGGUAUGGGUCCGCUCCUGCACCGCAAGUUGGGUAUGGACAAGGGCAAGGAUUUCCUCAGCAGCAACCAGUGCAAAGUCAGGGGUUCCAGCAGAUGCCCGCUAUGCAAAGGCCACCGUCGAGCCAGGGCCAGGGCCAAGGAUUUUCGCAGUAUGCGCAAAAUCAAAGUCAGCUACCGCGGUCGCCGUCGAGCCAGGGAUUUUUCCCGCAGUACGCACAGAGUCAGGGACAGGGACAGGGACAGGGACAGCCACCACGGUCGCCGUCGAGCCAGAGUUUCGCGAGGCCACCUUCGAGCCAGGGCUUGGGCAGCCACGGGCCGCGUCCGCCGUCAGUACAGGGAUAUGGGCCACGCUCGCCGUCAAGACAGGGGUUCGCGCAGGCUCAAUCUCCGAUUGCGCAGAGUCAGAUGGCGCAGGCGCAGGCGCUCCCGCCGCGCACGCAUCCGGCGCAGCCGCACCAUACGUAUUCGCGCUCGCAGCCUGAGAGCUCGUUCCCUCAGUUUGCGUACGGCACAGGUGGCGGCGUAGGGAAUGUGCAAGGGCAAGGACAGGGACAGCAGCAGCAACAGCAGACGCGUCCGCAGACGGCGCAUGGUAGUCGGCCGUUGCAGGGGCAUGGAGCGCUGCCGCAGACGCCUGGGUCUGCGCCUUUGGAGCAGCAGGGGUUUACGGAGCAGCAGCAACAGCAGCAGCAGCAACAACGACAGCAACAACAGCAGGCGUUGCAAGAGCAACAGAAAGCGGCGUGGGCUCAAGCGCAAACGCCUCAGCCACAGGCGCAGGCACAACAGACGAGGGCGGUGAUAGCUUCACCUUCGCCGGCUCCGGACCCGAGGGCGAACGCAAACACACCCAAGGCGAUUACCAAUGCCAACGCCAACGCCAACGCCAACGCCAACGUCAAUACAAACUCCAACGCAAACGAAACCUCGGAUCACACCCACGUCCGCCCGCUUCCCGCCCUGGGCCGCUCGCGCUCGCUGCACCAGCGCGAGCCCGCGCGCACAGCCGCGGAAGACGCGCGCAACCGCGCCGGCUCCAGAAACGGGAACGGCGGGGAGCUCGUGUCCGUUCCGGGCGGCAAGGUGCCCGCGGGGCUGUUCAGGCGCGGGAGCCGGAACGGGAGCGCGAGCCGGUCUGUGAGUCCUGCGCCGACGGCCGGGAUGAUGAUUAUGGAUAAGGGGAAGAGUAAGGCGCCGACGACGAUGGACGGGGCGUCGCCGCUUGCGGAGCGCGGGGAGGUGGAGGAGGGGUGGAGGAGGAUUAAGGGGAGUGGGUUGGCUGAGGAUGGGGAUGCAUGGAGGGAGGGGUGUGAGGGUGAGGGUGAGGGUGAGGAGGCAGGGGAUGGGCGGUAUCACUAUGGGAUGAUAUCGGGGAGGGCAAAGAUCGACGAGGUGCCGUCGCCGCCGCGCGGGGGGUCGAAGACGCCCCAGCAGCAGCAGCAGCAAGAACAGCUACGACAACAUCUGCAGGAACAAGAACAAAUGCAACUGUCCCCGCCCUCGCGCUACCCGCUCCAGGAAGACGACGAUGACGGCGUGACGGCGUACGAAACGGCCGACGACCGGUCCAACACGGACUUUUCGUCGCCCUCGUCGGACCGCACCCGCGCGGCCGCGCCACCCUCGCCGUCCCCAUCGUCCUUUGGCGCGGGCGCGGCUGCGCUCACGUUCUCGCCCGGGAACCAGCCUCUGCCCUUGCCCCUGGCUCGCACGAGCACGCCGCCGACGGAGGUCGGCACGCCCCCACGCACGCCGUCGCCCGUUGCAACGGAGUCGGAGCAGGAGUCACCGCAGUACGGGAUCCGUGAUUUGCCUGCGCGCUCGAGGGGGUCUGUUGGGUUUGGGAUUGGGGCGGGUAUUGCUGCUGGGGUGGGCAUUGGGAUACAUGCUCGUGCUGGUUCCGGUUCAGGGGCAUCGGGAGUGUCGUCAAGACAGGGACGGGGGUCGCCCGUUAAGUUUGUGGUGGGGGUGGAGGAGACGGCGAAGAAGGGUUUUGCGGGAGACGUUGGGCGGGAGAUGUGGAGUGGAGAAGGGGAGGAGGAGGAGGAGGGGGCGGAUGAUAUGUUGUCGAGGACGUCGUCGAGGAGGACCGGACGCGGGUCGCCUGUCAAGUUCAGCGUGGGAGGAUUAAUGCAGGAGCAGGAGCAGGAGCAAGAUUACAGCGAGGACGAUGACGAUCUCUCGAGGGUCAGCGUCCUCAGCAGAAGUCGUGCGGGCUCGCCGGUCAAGUUCGACGGCGGGAUGCUCGUCGAGAGCGGGUCGCCGUCCAAGGCUGGACGAGCGAGCUUGCCUGUGUCGCCCAACAAGAUUGACAGCCGCGCGCUGCCUCAGUAUCACGGCGUUGCGAGGAGCGGCUCGCCCGUAAAGCAGAUGGCGGCGAUAUUCGCGACGAACGCCGGCUCUGGCACCAGCAACGGCAACAGUAACAACACAAGCCGGGCCAACUCGCCGAGUCUGAGCCAGCGGAUGUCGUUCACGGGCAAGACGUACAGCGCGCCGCUGAAAGGCGACGCGGGGGACGUGUUUGGCUCGUCCGUCAAGGCUGGCGUUGGUGCUGGUGCAGGCAGGCAUACUAGGCCUAAUAGCGCGCUCGAUGGAUCAGGCCCUGCAUCUGGAUUUAAUACUGGGUUUGGUUCUGGUGGUGGGAGUAGGAGGGGAAGCAGCGUUGAUCUGACAGGGCUGGCGGGUCUGGAGAAUGCGCCAACGAAGGGGUGGGUGUCGAGUACGAGCGGGGCGCAGAGCCGGACGAUGAGGUUGGCUAUGGGUGUUGAGGACGAGGAUAGUUCGUCCAGCCAAACUCGGGUUUCCCGUGAACCUAGCCCUGCUCGUGGCCAGCAAAAUGUGUUUGGCCAAUCUGUUCCGCCGCUCCCGCGUGCCCCUAGAGGCGGUGACGGUUUUUCGGCGGCUCAACAGAAGAUGACGACGUUCUCGCGUGGUGACCAGCCUCUUACACAAUCACCGAUCCAGCCACCGCCGCGCCCGCCUUCGGCGUUCCAGCGCACGGUUUCGCCUGAUGUGUUGGCUGCGCAACAACAGCAGCAGUCGUCGAAUGCGUUUGCCAGAGGCCGGGAGCAAGCUUUGCCUGCGUUGCCUCAGCCACCUUCGUCCCCAUCAAAGCCAAGGCAGGAACCAGUACAACAACAGCGGCAGGGGAGCGCAUGGGCACCUGCGCUUCCGCGGACGCCGACCGGGACGAAACAGAUUCUACAUAAAAUUCCAAAGCAAGGAGAACAAUUGCCCCAGACACAUCAACGGAUCGGGUCCGACAGCUCUUCCAUCUCGCAUGUCGACACGGCCAUCAACCUCCCCUGGCCGAACCCGCCUUUGCACAGGCCCGCCCCCUCAGAAGUCGGAGCGACUCCUCCACGCUCCGUGCUCUCCAAGUUCGCGAAACAAUCUCAAUCUGCACGCGGGGCAAGGCAAGAAGGCAGUCUCAGCGAGGAGCCGCCGCAGUCCGCGUUCGUCGCGCUGCGGCAGCGUCCUCAACCACCUGGGCGCAUGAGCGUGAACAGGCAGCAGCCCGAGGUGAAGGUGAAGAACGUCGCGCAGGCGAAGCGGCUCUCGCUCGACCGCUCGCAGGCGGAGAGUAUGCAGCGUCAUAGGGGGUAUGAGCCAGGGUUGGAUUUGGAUCUGGAUGUGGUGCCGCCGCAGGCGGUAUCGGCGGCGAGGCGCACACCGUCGCCUGGGCCUGCGCAGGCUUUCCAAAAUGCGAGUCCGCGCUCGCCGCCGAAGAUCGAGACUGGCAACGCGACGCCAGGCAGGACUCCGAAGUCGUCGAGGUCAAGCGGAAGGAAGGAUAGCGUUGAUUCGCCGCUGAUCAAGGCCGGCCCGGGCAUGGGUCUUCCGAGUGCGCCUAGUAUCGACGUGACUAUACCCGAUAUACAUUUCUCGCCCAUCGAGCCGCAUACGCCCAAGACGCCGACUACGACCACGGUUAUGAAGAGAAAGAGCGUUCCAGUAUCCCAGCCGCCACCUCCACCUCCGCGUGCCAUUAACGUGUCUUCGGAGGCGGAUGUGCCCGCCCCGCCGAGCAUUGCUGUUUGUCCGCCGGUGAUUGCGAUUGAUAAUUUCGAUGCGCCUUCGGGGCCGGUUAUCAACGUGUCGGGGCCACCUGAAAUUUCUGUGUCGGGGCCAGAGAUUUCUGUGUCGGGCCCACCAGAGAUUACGUUCUCGGUUUCUGGGCCUGAUGAAGACUCGAAGGCGGGUAUGAACGGGAACAGCAAUGCGAGAGACGGGAAGCCCAACGGCACUAGACACUCGCAAACCCAGUCUAUUCCAUCGAGGACAACAAACGCCAGCUCAGGGUUCGGCGCGGGCAAGCGCGAACUCCCGAGAGCACCUGGACGCGGCGGAUCUGAGCCCAACGGUUCUGUCAUGUCAAACGGCCGAGCGGCGCCAUCGAAUUACUCGGCGCAGGGUGCGGUUUCGGCGCUGGGCCGGGGUCUUGCGUGCGGUGGAUGCGGGCGUGCGAUCAUCGGGCGUGUUGUGAGUGCUAUGGGCCAGCGGUGGCAUCCCGAGUGCUUCAGGUGCUCUGUGUGCGGGGAGUUUUUGGAGCAUGUGAGCAGCUAUGAGCGGGAUGGGAAGGCGUAUUGCCAUUUGGAUUAUCAUGAGAACUUCGCACCGCGCUGCUAUCAUUGCAAAACGCCGGUUGUCGAAGAGCGCUUCAUCACGCUCGACGACCCCGCGCUCGGCAAGCGCGCCUACCACCUACAACAUUUCUUCUGCGCUGAAUGUGGUGACCCGUUCCUGCCGCCCUCGGAUGCGGGCGGAGCGGGAGGCGAGAUGCUCAUUAGCGGAGACGGCGAGUUCGACCUCGGCGACGACGACCUCGCAACCGGCGCGGAGGGCGGCGUCGGCUUCACGGUCUACAAGGGCUACCCCUACUGCGAGGCGUGCCAUGUGCGGCUGCGCCUGCCCAAGUGCAAGAAGUGCAAGAAGGCGAUUCGCGACGGGACGAGGGCGGUCGAGGCGCUCGGGGGAAAGUGGUGUUGGGAUUGUUUUGUGUGCGAGGGAUGCGAGAGGCCUUUUGAAGAUCCGUCGUUCUUCCUUAGGGAUAAUAUGCCGUUUUGCGAGCCGUGCUUUAGCAUCAUCCUCCGGAACGAGAUAUAAUUUUCCAGUUUUGGUUCCGUGGCCAAGCUCGAUGUCUGAUGAUGUCCCUUGGUCAUUGCAUGCCAUCAUGUUUUUCUUUCGCUUUUCUUGACGAUUCUAAUGUUUUAACGUUCUGAUGUCCUAGCGCAAUGCCACGAUCUUGUUUUUGCUCUCAUUCCUGAUACACUGCUUCAAUUUUGCUUUCUGGUCUGUGUAUACCUCAUCAUCCAUCGAUAUCCAUCGCACGCAUCACAUACUACAUACCUCCAUCCGCAUCUUAUCAC